UUAAAGAUGAAGACAAAGACGUAGAAUGGGAACCUUUGGGCCAAAAAAGGCUCCAAAAAACAAGAUUAUAACCGGAGCCAGCCCAUCACUCCCGGCGCCUUUUACUUUACCCAAUGUCUAACUUGCUUUUAAUGCAAGUCAGAACUCAGGCCGUUCUCUCUGUCUUGUCUGCUCCUCUUCUCAGACUCUCCGUUUUCCUUGCUGAAUUUUAGAAUUGAGGGUUUUACGCGACUAAUGCCUUGCAUUUGGCAUCUGGGAAUGGAAACCUCCACAUCCUCAGCGUAAUCCCUCCGUUUGUUUCCCGGGAAAACCUUUUCAGUUAAAAAAGAGGAAAAUAUCAAGGCUAGUGAGUGUUUGUGGCUGUGGCCUAGAAUGGGUUCUGAUGAUGAGUACGGGUUGAGGUUGGCGAGGCGGUUGAAGAGAAGGUCCAUUGCCAAUCAUACUUUUGCAAAAAAAGCUAGAAACAACAGUUUUGGGACGGAAGAUGUACCUAUAGACUUGGAUGAGCAUGAUGCAGAUGCAGAUGAUGAUGCUAGGUGUACAAAUGAUGGUCACAACGAUGUAAAUUGUGCAAAGAAAACUAAAAACAACAGUUUUAGAAUGGAAGAUGUACCUGUAGGCUUGGAUGAGCACAAUAAUGAUGCAGAUGAUAAUGCUAGGUGUUUGAAUGAUGGUCAUGACGAUGUAAAUUAUGCAAAUAAAACUAAAAACAACAGUUUUAGAAUGGAAGAUGCACCUGUAGGCUUGGAUGAGCACGAUAAUGAUGCAGAUGAUAAUGCUAGGUGUUCAAAUGAUGGUCAUGACGCUGUAAAUUAUGCAAAGAAAACUAAAAACAACAGUUUUAGAAUGAAAAAUGUACCUGUAGGCUUGGAUGAGCACGAUAAUGAUGCAGAUGAUAAUGCUAGGUGUUCGAAUGAUGGUCAUGGCGGUGUCAGAAUUGAGAAAAACAAUGAAAAAGUUGCAGAUCAGCAGCAUAACAUGUGCUUGGAUGAUGAUGUUGUGGAUCCUGAUUAUAAGACCUUCUUGGAAAAUGUGAGGGAAGAUGAUCAAUCCUAUGUACUAGAAGUUGUUAUAAGCAAUGGAAUGUCGGUUCUUAUAAAGUAUGAAAGACAAGAGGGGUUGUCUGAUGGGCUCAAGUUAGAUUGUUGGAAAACUUUGAAGAGUUGUCCGAGGAGAGAGAGCACUGAAACUGCAAGAACUCUGAGGGCUAAUUCUAAGAGUACAAUCCAGAGCUUGAAUGAUUUGGGUAAUGUUUCUGGUGUUGAAAGGACUGGCAAGACUGAAGCCAGAAUAACUUUGAGAAAUGCUUCAAAGAGGGGGAAGACUGCAAGCCCACAUGUUUUGAGUGGUGGUUCAAGCAUUGAAAAGUCUAAGAUAAAUGAAAAUGCAAAAAAUCUGAGUGCUUCAAAGACAAAAAAGACUGUGACUCCAAAUGUUUUGAGAGGUAAGACUAGAACUUCAAGAAUUUUGAGUAAUUCACAGAGAGAAAAGGAUGAGAACCUGAACAUUUUGAGUAAUAUUUCUAGCACUAAAAAGACGGGGGAGCAAAGAACAUUGACAAAUGUUUCACGGAGAGAAAGCACUGAAGCUCCUGAAACAUUAAGGGUUGUUAGGGGGAAAGAAAGUAAGAAUUCGAUGAGGGAUGUAAAAGAGGAAAAUGAAUAUCCCCUUUCUGGUGGGACAAAUGGAUAUUUGUAUAAACGAUCUGGUGCUACUAGUUGCAAAGUUCUUCAUCCGACUAUGCGUGAAUGCAACCGUGAAGUGGAAUCUGAUAUGAUAGAUGAAAACUACCAGGAAUUUCUGAAUUGUCUUAAGGUUGAUGGUGGAAAUUUUGUAUUUACUCCUGAAAGUGGUAUACCAGUGAGAUAUGAGGCGGAUGCAAGGAGUUCAGAUGAUCCAGAAAUAAUUACAACGGACAAAAAUCCAUUUUGUGAUGGAUAUCGCACCCCAUUCAUAUCUUCAAAAUGUGAUCCAAUUGUAUGUAUUUCAAUGCCUGAAAGUGGUAUACCAGUGAGAGAUGAGGCGGAUGCAGAGAGUGCAGAUGAUCCAGAAAUAAUUGCAAUGGACAAAAAUCCAUUUUGUGAUGGAUAUCGCACCCCAUUCAUAUCUUCAAAAUGUGAUUCAAUUAUCGAUGUAGACAACAAAAGAUCCAAGGGAAGACCCAGUAGUAGCAGUCAUUCUCAGUUUAGGAUGAGGCUUAUGGAAAUUCUUGGUAGACCCUACUCCAAAGAGGAGUAUGAAGACCUUCUGCAUGAAGUAUCUUACAGAAAGCCAGUGGAACACUGCCGAGUAUUGCGUGGUAGGACAAUAUCAUAUUCACUGGACACUGUUGGCAAAUCAUAUCUUGAUCAGUUCCGGGACUUUGCAAGAAAGAUCGCUUCAGUUCAAAGUGAUCGCCAUAAAGUUUUGAAUCUCUUACGUGGAUUUGACUUUUGGUUGAAGAAUUUGGCCCAUGAAGGAGCAUUCCAGCCUUGGAAGGACUCGUCACGAUCAAGAAUUAUGCCGCAACGUAACUAGGAAUUUCUCCUCUGAUUCUGAUGGCAGUAUCUCAAGACUGCAUCCAUUGUAGCAAUCAAGGCUAUAAUGUGUUCCUUUGGCUUAUGGUAUAAGCCCUCCAGUGAAAAGAAUGUGUGGCAGGUAUAUGGUUUUGUGUCUCUUCACUUCUAUGAUUUUGUUGUGCAUCAAAAUUACCCUGAAACCAAGCAGAUGUGCAUGUUUUGUGUGGGCACUCAUAUGCAGUAUUGUAUGUAACUUAGUUUUUUGGUUUUUCCUAUCAGGCAUUAUCUUUUAGAGACCUGUUAUUCUUCCAACUUUUUUUUUUCAAAUUUACCAUUAGAUCUGUAGGAUCCAAAUGUAAGUCCUACAUAUUCAAUGGUAGAUUUGAGAAAAAUAUGGAUCGAGUUGGACGGGAAUUGGACAGGAGAAGGAAAAAUAACAUUUUUUUUUUCAUUUUUUUUUUUAUGCUAAAAAAAAAAAGGCCUGAUUUUGUUCGAGCUGCCCAACACCCAGCAGCCUCUUGUUUCGGGUGCUAUGCAUUGUUUAUCUAACAAUGUGAGGAGGUGCUAAGGCCAGUAGGCCACUCCUUCACAACGUCAAAGGAAGAUAUGUAAUCAAUUAUUUGAUUGUGACUCCUAAUCAAAUGAAUAAUGUACUAUCUUAUGUCCAA